GUUUGUCAGACAAGCCACUGCCAGGCGAGAGGCCAGCGUACUCCUCCCUUCCACUACACCUAGCUUCUACUCUCCACACACUCGCCGGGAGCCGCGCAAUGUCGACAACAGAUGGAUACUUGGGCGUGACCCAGCCCAUCUCCACGAGCGAAUCGAACGAGAGGGAGAAGCAGGUCACUGUCACCCUCAUGGAGGAGCUCAGAAAGCAGGGCACCUUUGAGAGCGAGGAAGAGGCAAAAACGAGAGAGAUUGUACUUGGUCAUCUAUCGGCCCUAGUCAAGAAGUUCGUCACAAAAGUCGGUCUUGCCCAUGGAAUGUCCGAGACCGCAGCCAGCGCAACCGGUGGCAAGAUCUUCACCUUCGGUUCAUAUCGCCUAGGCGUCCACGGGCCAGGAUCUGACAUCGACACACUAUGUGUCGUGCCCAAACACGUCUCAAGAGACGACUUCUUUGAUGUCUUCGAGGAUAUGCUGAGGGAACAACCUGGUGUUACAGAGGCUUCCGGAGUACCCGAAGCAUACGUCCCCAUUAUCAAAACCAAGAUCAAUGGCAUACCCAUAGAUUUGCUCAUGGCCCGGUUAGCCUCGCCAUCAAUCGCGGACGACUUGUCAUUGCAAGACGACGAGCUUUUGCGGAAUCUAGACGACCGCUGCGUCCGAAGUCUUAACGGCUCGCGAGUCACGGACGAGAUCCUGCGACUUGUACCUAACGUGACUGUGUUCCGUGACUCUCUUCGAUGUAUCAAAUUGUGGGCGCAACGGAGGGCCAUUUACUCGAACGUCAAUGGCUUUCUGGGAGGUGUGGCUUGGGCGAUGCUAGUCGCUCGAGUAUGUCAGCUGUAUCCUAAUGCAAUUGCGGGUGCAAUUGUUAGUCGAUUCUUCAUCAUCAUGUACCAAUGGACAUGGCCGCAACCUGUAUUACUCAAGCAAAUUGAAGAAGGACCACUACCAGUCCGAGUCUGGAACCCGAAGGUCUAUCCCGCCGAUAGAGCACAUCGCAUGCCCAUCAUCACACCCGCCUACCCCUCAAUGUGCGCAACCCACAACGUUACUGCUUCAACACAGAUGAUCAUGACCGAAGAGUUCAAGAAAGGCUCCGAGAUCGUCGACCGAAUAAUCGUUGGUUCGGCGGACUGGUCGGCACUCUUUGCGAAGCAUGACUUCUUCCACAAGUACCGUUAUUACCUUCAAAUUAUCGCCUCAACACGUAGUUCGGAUCUGCAGAUCAAAUGGUCGGGAACAGUCGAGUCAAGAAUCCGGCAGUUGGUGAUGAAGCUGGAAUAUGUCGAAUCUCUGACCCUGGCGCAUCCUUUCAUAAAAGGAUUUGACCAGGUUCACUACUGUCUGACACCAGAGGAAAUCCGUGCGGUGGCGCAAGGUGAUGUCCUAGAAGCUGUUGCGAAGCGGAAGAAGGAAGACGUCGAGGGCAAGGAGGGCGCGACAGCCGUAUACACGACGAGUUUCUACAUCGGCCUUGCGAUCGAGCCUAAGCCAACUGGCUCCAAGGGGCCUCGGAAGCUAGACAUCUCCUACCCAACUACCGAGUUCACCAAGCAGGUGAAGAUGUGGGAGAAGUACAUUGAACCCGAGAUGGGGAUCACCGUUCGACAUAUCAAGAGCACUGCACUGCCUGACUACGUCUUCGACGAGGGUGAGCGGCAACCUCGGUCCACGCUCAAACGACCCAAAAGCGGCAAGGACACGGAUAAGUCGAACGGUACCUCCCCAGACGCACCGAACAAGAAGCGACGGUUGGUACAACAUCCCAAGGCCAACGGUCACGCUGACUCGUUGGUGCCACUUGCAACCCACAGUGCAUCCAACUCCGUGUCCGAGCCGGUCGUCCCAACGUCGCAACCUCUCAAAACCAGUCAGAACGGUACCAUCGCCUCUGUCAACCCCGCAGCUACGCCAGCCACUGUCGAGCCAACACCACCAAGCAACGGCAUAUACACAGUAAAUGUCAAGGACCCGUCUCAGAUCAAGUCGCCUCAGUUACCCUUCGGCGAGAACGUCGCCGUGGCUACAGGCGUGACCCCAUCAUAGUAGCCACUCGACCCGGACUUCCUUCCCCUCUUAUUCGGCGUGUGUUGAUUCAAGUACCACAAGUCCACCGUCAACGGUCUCCAGAGUCAGGUUUACGUCUUGUUUCGCGUACAGUACCUUCGCUUUCCCUUGGUUUAUUCAUCUUCGGUCUAUGCUUUUGACAGGUUACCGCGCUGGCCCAGUGCGGCCGACCGCUCCAGGAGCUAUCCUGCAGGCGUGGUUCUUCGGGUCCAUCUGGUCUUUCCUUCUUGUUUGCUGGUAGCGGUCUCGCUUGAUGACAUACCUCCUGUAUCCCUUUGCAACAAACCAAUAGCUGCUAUGUAUUGUACAACUUAAAUCUAUGAGUAAGCGUAUGUCGUAUGUCGGACCUUCA